UCUUUAUUCGUUUCUAACCACAUACUCAAGUAUCUCUUUUUCUCUCUCUGUUAAGAUAUCUUCUUCUUCCAUUCUCUAUAAAUGGAGGAUUAGAUAUGGCACACACAGAGAGUGGAAUAGAUACGUACUUUUCUUGUCCUCCAAGUAACAUAUCUCUUUUGUUUACUAGGGAAUCAUCCGUACUUAUACUCUAAACCAAAACACAAUCUAAGCUUUAAGUUAGGGUAUCUAUAGAGAGAGAUGUUUCGUUUUCCGGUGAGUCUUGGAGGUUCACAUGAUAAUCCAAAGCAGCCACAGUCGUCGGAUGAGCAGCCUCAUCGGGCCAUGAUGGAUGAAGUUGACUUUUUCAGGUCGGAGAAGAGAGAUGAUCAGAAUAUCAUCACCGACGAAACUAAGAGGGUUCAUGUCAAAAGGGAGAACUCACGUGUUGUUGAUGAUGAUGACCGUUCAACGGGUAUCAAUACUGGACUUAAUCUUCUCACUGCGCAUACGGGAAGCGACGAGUCAAUGGUGGAUGAUGGAUUGUCUGUGGACAUGGAGGAGAAACGUUCAAAGAUUGAGAAUGUCCAACUUCGAGAAGAGCUAAAGAAGGCAGCUGAAGAGAUUCAAAGACUAAAGGAAAUGCUAAGUCAAACAACCAACAACUUUAACUCCUUGCAGAUGCAACUUGUUGCUGUCAUGAGGCAACAAGAAGAUCAUCAUCAUCUGGCAAUGACCGGGAGCAAAGACAUUGCCAAUAAACGACAUGAAGGGUCUGAAAUGGUUCCAAGACAGUUCAUAGAGUUAGGACUGCCGACUGCUGAAGUAUCGUCCGAGGAAAGGACGACAGUUCGGUCACGAUCUCCACCGUCACUCCUAGAGAACUCUAGCUCACGUCAGCGCGGAAAGAGAUUACUUGAGAGAGAAGAAAGCCCCGAGACUCAAUCAAACGGCUGGGGAAACCCUAACAAAGUAUCCAAACACAAUGCUUCCUCAAGCAAUGACAAUGUAAGUGCGAUCGAUCAGUCGACUGCUGAAGCCACCAUGCGUAAAGCACGUGUCUCGGUCCGUGCUCGGUCGGAAGCUCCCACGUUAAGCGAUGGAUGUCAUUGGAGAAAGUAUGGACAGAAAAUGGCAAAAGGAAACCCGUGCCCUCGAGCUUAUUUCCGCUGCACGAUGGCCGUUGGAUGCCCCGUUCGCAAGCAAGUGCAACGUUGCGCAGAAGAGAGAUCUAUUCUCAUAACAACCUACGAAGGAAACCAUAACCAUCCAUUACCUCCGGCAGCUAUGUACAUGGCUUCAACCACAACCGCAGCCGCAAGCAUGCUCCUAUCAGGUUCCACAACGUCGAGCCAGGACGGUUUAAUGCACCCAACAAAUCUCUUCGCUAGAACCAUGUUGCCUUGUUCCUCAACCAUGGCCACGAUCUCAGCCUCUGCGCCAUUCCCAACCAUUACACUAGACCUCACAGAAUCAGCAUCCAACGUUAACAAUCAAACUAAUAACAAUCCGUUGAUGCAGUUCCCACAACGGUCUGGUUUCACGGAGUUGAACCAAUCAGGGUUGCCUCAAAUGAUGGGUCAGGCUUUGUAUUAUAACCAACAACAGUCCAAGUUCUCGGGUUUACAGAUACCGACUCAGUCGCUGAACGCGGGCGAAAGCGUCAGCGCUGCUACUGCUGCUAUCGCAGCUAAUCCGAACUUUGCAGCGGCUCUAGCCGCAGCCCUCACGUCUAUUAUCAACGGUCCGAAUAAUCACAAAAAUGGGGACAGUAACACUGGUAAUAAUAAUGUUAGGACAAGCAGUGUUGAGAGGCAAUAACAAUUUUAUAUUUUUGAGGGUUUUUAUUGGCCGGUUUUGAGUUUUUGGUCUUUUGUUUUUACGUUUUGGAAUGUAAGUUACCGGUUUUUUAGGUCUUUCCCGAACAACAAGAGUCAUGAUAGCAAUUUUUUUCGUUGCUUGUGUAUGAUUGGCAAUUUUGUUCAGGAAUAUAACUGCCUUUUCA